ACGGUUAACCAAACGACAGACAACAUUUUCGUUUCGCCUGACCUAAAACCUUCCAGCAGCUACUAAUGACUUGGCUGUUUGCUUACAUUUACGAAGUAAAGAACCAGAGGAACUUCUAGCGCCUUCUCGACCAUUACAUUAUACAAAUACAAUAAACACCAGAGAGCCUCCUGCUUUCCCGUCGUGUUUUGCCGCCGGGACCUCCUCCGCCGCCGCCAAUAAGGAAGAGAAUUAAUUCAUUCAGUGACGACAAAGAUAACAAAAAUUAAAAGAAACACAAAUAAUUCAUAAAAAAAAAAUGGAAAACAACAGCAAUAAAGAGCAAAUAGUGGAUGUAAGAUCGGUAGUCGAUGCUAUUUCUAACGACGACGACAAUGACAAUGACGCUCCUCUUUACCAAGUCGAAAGCCUCUGUAUGCGUUGCGGGGAAAACGGGAUAACAAGGCUUUUAUUGACGUUAAUUCCACACUUUAGGAAGAUCUUGUUAUCAGCCUUCGAAUGUCCGCAUUGUGGUGAGAGGAACAAUGAGGUCCAGUUUGCGGGUGAAAUCCAGCCACGGGGAUGUUCUUAUCAUUUGGAGAUCCCAUCAGGCAAUCAGAAGAUGCUUAAUCGACAAGUAGUGAAAUCUGAGUCUGCCACCAUAAAGAUUCCUGAGUUGGAUUUUGAGAUUCCUCCUGAGGCACAGCGUGGGAGUUUGUCAACAGUGGAAGGGACACUGGUACGAGCUGCAGAUGAAUUGCAGGCACUUCAAGAAGAAAGGAAGAAAGUUGAUCCUAAGACUGCUGAAGCAAUAGAUCAAUUUUUAUUGAGAUUGAGAUCUUGUGCAACAGGAGAUUCAUCUUUCACCUUCAUCUUGGAUGAUCCUGCUGGAAACAGCUUCAUUGAAAACCCGUUUGCUCCAUCCUCGGAUCCAUCAUUGAGUAUUAAGUUCUAUGAGCGAACUCCAGAGCAGCAGGUGGCAUUGGGCUAUUUAGCUGACCCAUCACAGUUAGGAGAAGCUGGUGAGAGCCAACCUUCAGAGUCAACAGGCACUGUUUCUGGGCAAAUUAGAGAACCCCAUGGAUCAGUUGGAGCAGUGGCUGGUCAUCGGACGAUUGCUCAGAGUAAUAGUGCAGAAAUUGCUGAAGCUUUAUUCCGGUACUCUGCUCCAGAAGAGGUCAUGACUUUCCCAUCAACCUGUGGAGCUUGUACUAGCCGGUGCGAAACUCGAAUGUUUGUCACUAAUAUUCCAUACUUCCAAGAAGUAAUUGUCAUGGCAUCCACUUGUGAUUCAUGUGGUUACCGCAAUUCUGAGUUGAAACCUGGUGGGCGAAUUCCUGAGAAGGGAAAAAGAAUCACUCUACAUGUGGAAAACAUUAAGGACUUAAGCCGUGAUGUGAUAAAGUCAGAUACUGCAGGAGUUAAAGUUCCAGAGCUCGAGUUGGAGCUGGCUAGUGGCACACUGGGUGGAGUGGUUACCACUGUUGAAGGCUUAAUUACAAAAAUAAGUGAAAGCCUUGAGAGAGUGCAUGGAUUCACCUUUGGAGAUAGUCUCGACAACUAUAAAAGAAGCAAAUGGCAAGACUUUAAAGCAAAGUUAAACAAGCUUUUGAGUCUGGAGGAACCCUGGAUUUUAAUUCUCGAUGAUGCAUUAGCCAAUUCAUUUAUUGCACCAGCAACUGAUGACAUGAAAGACGACAAGCAGUUACUUUUCGAGGAAUAUGAGAGGUCCUGGGAGCAGAACGAGGAGUUGGGACUGAAUGAUAUUGAUACUUCAUCCGCUGAUGCUGCUUAUAACUCAACAGACGCCACCGCGAACCAGAAAAUAGAUGAGUAAAUUAUUUUGUUACAUAAUAUGUAAUGUUUUUGGAAUGAAAUGGGAGAAAGAAAAGAAAAUCAUGCAUAGUAAAAUUUUGAUGGUUGUUUUAGUUGAUUGAUGUUAUACAUUACAACUGACAAUGGGAUUUUAAAUGGAAUUGCUAACUCAAGUGCAUUCUGUUUUCUUUGCA